CUGUAGUUGACUCUCAUCUUUCCCCCAGGAGGCUCUGCUUCCCAGCCCCUUUGUUCAGUCUAGCCGGUGGGUUGAGUCAGAGGGAGGCUGUGCUAACCCAACAUAUCCUCACCACCGUGGGAACACCGACAAGAGUGAGAAGAGGCCGGGGAAAACAGCGAAAGCUGCCCGGGGAGUCUGUUAACGGAGAGUCGGACAACGGAAAAGUUGUUUUUGAGUGUUGCUGAUGCUGCGUUUCAUUUCGGGGACAACCGUCAGGACCUGUGUGCUUCUAUUCCGCUACUGAAACAGCCUUAUAUGUCGACUGUCUUCGCUCAAUGGUGGCUGCUUUAGCUAUCUUCCUGUGUAAAAUAUGAACCGGCAGGCUAACUGCUAACCAUCCCCGGUGUGUUGCUGACACCGUGCAGUUGUUGCCAUCAUCCACGCUGACUCUCCCUUUCAGUUUCUGCUCAGCAUCCAUAUUUGCAUCCCAGGGAGUGGCAACCACUAAUCCCCCGCUCCUGGCAAGAAGAUUGAAAGUUGGCCGGUGGUCGGACACCCCCUCGGACGCUCUUAUUUCACACAGAAAGCUAAACAUGGAGAGCGACAGCCACCACUCCCACAUCUAGUGCCUGAUCCACAAGCUUUCAUCACCCAGGGAGGAGCUCUCGCGUCCCGGCCGUCUCCCUGCUUCUGUAGAAUGAACAUGCUCAAGUCCAGUGGACUAAAAAUCCCUGGCCGGGGGCCCAAGCAUUCCAGCCCAGUGGGAAGGACCUCAGCGGGUGGAACCUCCAGCCCUGUAGUCCCUAAAGACAAUGCUCCACUCAAGCCCACCACACCAACUAAAAUCUCUGAAGAGGGCGACGAUGUUCUGGGGGACUACACAGUGGGUGAGCAGGUCUGGGUCAACGGUGUCAAACUAGGAGUUAUUGCCUACCUAGGGGAGACACAGUUCGCCCCAGGACAGUGGGCAGGCGUGAUACUGAAUGACCUAGUUGGCAAAAACGAUGGGUCAGUGGGCGGCGUGCGCUACUUUGAGUGCCAGCCCCUCCAGGGCAUCUUCACGCGACCCUCGAAGCUCACCCGACAGCCGGUCGGAGAGGGAAGUGACAGCCACUCCACUGACUCGCUCUCUGUCCAGAAUGUGAGUCAGCAGGGUGGCGGUAGCGCCCCCUCUGGCCAGCGGGUGGUCGUGCCACUGAGAGAGGGCCUCCUCAACAGCGCAGUGAAAACAGGCAACGAGUCGGGGUCCAACAUGUCUGACAGUGGCUCAGUUAAGAAAGCAGGGGAUAAGGACCUUAGAGUUGGAGAUCGAGUUUUGGUGGGAGGCUCUAAAAUGGGAGUCAUACGCUACAUGGGAGAGACAGACUUUGCCAAGGGUGAAUGGUGUGGUGUCGAGCUGGAUGAGCCCUUGGGGAAGAAUGAUGGUGCCGUGGCUGGUACAAGAUACUUUCAGUGUCUUCCCAAGUUCGGCCUGUUUGCUCCGAUCCACAAGGUGAUCCGCAUCGGCUUCCCCUCCACCAGCCCUGCCAAGGCUAAGAAGAGCAAGCGGAUGGCCAUGGGGGUUUCCUCUCUGGCCCACAGCCCCAGCAGCUCCUCCAUCAGUUCAGUCAGCUCGGUGGCCUCCUCCGUGGGCGGACGACCGAGCCGAACUGGACUGCUGACGGAGACAUCUUCGCGCUACGCCCGCAAGAUUUCAGGCACCACUGCGCUCCAGGAAGCCCUGAAGGAGAAGCAGCAGCACAUCGAGCAGCUGCUGGCUGAGAGGGACUUGGAGCGAGCAGAGAUGGCCAAGGCCACCAGCCACAUCUGUGAGGUGGAGAAGGAGCUGAGCGUGCUCAAGGCGCAGCACGUGCAGUAUGUAACAGAGAAUGAGAGCACCCUCCAGCAAGUCAAAGCCAUGUUGGCCGGCGCACAGAAAGAUAAACUGGAGCUGGCCAAUCAGCUCGAAGAGGAGAAAAGGAAAGUGGAGGACCUCCAGUUCAGAGUGGAGGAGGAAUCCAUCACCAAAGGAGACCUUGAGACUCAGAGGAAACUGGAGCGUGCCCAUAUUCGUCAGCUCGAACAGAGCCUGCUCCUCGAAAAGUCGAGAGCAGAGUUGCUUCAGAAAGACUUAGAGAAGAGGAGGCAAACCACGGUUGAAGAGCAGAGUCGUAUCAUGCAGCUGGAGGAGGAGCUCAGCCUCAGGAGAGCUGAGAUCGAGAAACUCCAGGCUAAACUCGGAGGAUCUGACACAGGCUCGCAGCAAGCCGACGAUAGCGACGCUGCCCCGGGUGCCGGCGCACAGCUGGAGACGCCGGUCCUGCCCGAGCAGCUUGUGUCUGCGGGCCACGAGCACUACAAGCAGAGCAGCGAGCUUAAAGAGAAGUAUGAGGCGGCAUUAGCAGCGAGCCAGCAGGAGAUCGACUCGCUGAAGGCGCUGGUUGAAAAUAAGAGCCAGGAGGUCAGUGAGAUGAAGCAGAAAGUUCAACAGGCCACCAAGGAAAACAUGGAAAUGAUGGACACCUGGAAGGAUAAAUUUGACACUUUAGUAACUGACCACCAGCGCUCCCUGGAGGAACUGAAGGCCUCAUUAAGUAGCGAUCAUCCCACUCCAGCAGGCCAAGAGCAGGACGUCCAGGAGCUGAGAACCACUCUAGAGAGCCUAAAGAUGGAGCACCAGCUGGAGGUGGAGAACCUAAAGGCCAAACAUAAGAUCGAAGCUGCCAUCCUGACCAAGGAACGUGAAGACUUCUGCACUCGUCUUCACGAGGCCAAAGAUCAGCUUGCCGAGGGCAACCAGACGUGGAGGACCGAAGUCGAGGCCAAAAGCAGCAAGCAGGCCCUGGAGGAGGCCACCGAUAAGCUACAGAGGGCGGAGCAGAGGCUGGCGGAGAUGGAGAAGCUCCGCAUUGAGCAGGACAAAAGCACAGAGCAGCUGAGAGAGAGACUGGAGCUGUCGGAGAAGAAGAUGACAGACUAUCAGGCUCUGCAGAAGGCUCAGGCAGAGAGCCAAGAAGAGAUCCAGAAACUGGAGGAGAAGCUGAGGGUGACGGCGAACCAGCUCCAGGCCAUCCAGGCGGACCGCUACACAUCCCAUGAUGCAAAUGUGAUAGAAGAUAAUGAAAUUUCAGAUGAGAAGAUGAAGCUAAAACAGAAUAUCGAAGAAACAAUGGAGAAGUUGCUGAAAAGGGAAAAGGAGGUCUCGACUCUCUCUUCGCAGGUUGAAGCCCUCAAAUCCCAGAUGGGAGCACUGGAGGGCAAAGUUCGCUCAGGGGAAAAGAAAGCCGAAGCCCUGGCCAAGGAGAAGUUGCGUGUGGAGGCAGAGCUGGAGUCCAUGACCAAGAAGUCCCAUGAUGCCUCUGGGCAGCUGGUCAAUAUCAGCCAGGAGCUGCUGAAGAAAGAGAGGAGUCUGAAUGAACUGAGGGUGUUACUCCUGGAAUCACAUCGCCACUCAAGGGACAUGGAGAAAGACCUGAACCGAGAAGUGCACAAGGCCGAGUGGAAGCUCAAGGAGCAGAAACUUCAGGAAGACAUCAAGAUGCUGCGUGAAAAAUUGCUUCUACUGGGUCGGGAACGAUCUUCACCUGACCACCGGCGGUACUCCAUGCUGGACCCCUCUGUCCUGGACUCAGAGGUGAACCGCCUCCGCCAGCGGCUGCUCAGCACUGAGGACGCCCUGAGGACCGCCAUGGAACACAACCAGCAAGUCGACCAGCUGGUCCAGGCCAUGCGCAGGCAUCCAGAUAAAAGCCCGGUGCAUGGUGCAAAUUCAGCCAAUGGAAUUCAUCAUCAGGAGUCAGACAGCACUCAAGAUGAACAACACUGAUAAGAGCGGAAGAGAUAAGAGUGAACUGGGGCACGCGGAGGUACAUCUUAAAGAAAGCUCGUCCGACGUUACUCCUGAUCCUGCGACGGACGCCUGAAGAACAUUUCAGUUUACAGUUAAAACCAAAACAGCGAAUCUCUAUCUCGAGUGAAUUUAUGUGUUGUUGCAGAAAGCACCUAUUAGCCAAUCAUGAAGACCGCUUAAAGUACUAUAAAAUAUAAACAGGAAAUGGGACAUGGACAUGAAGAGAUAUUAUCGGUACAACUCCUGAGAACGUACAGUAUGGCAACUUCUGAUGCUUUACAGUAGUUAGAAAUUUUCAAUCUGCGAGUUGCCGGGGACUCUGUGACAAUUCUUCAUUUUGAACCAGAAGGCGAAACGGCUUAUGGACGACGAUGUGAAGAACUGGGUCUCAGUCGAUUUGUUUGUUUUAUUUAUUGCUUUACUCUUCUCCUCAGCUUUGUUAUAAUCCUGUAUGGGUGAGCUGUCUCGGCCAGUGAUACUCAGAGCAACUCUUCAAGGAUGACUGACUAUUAUUUUUAGGGAGUUUGGCUCAGUUGUCACUUUACUUAAUACCUGUAGAGAGAACUGGUUGAAAACUCAUUACACUCAGCUCUGUCCAGUGUUCACGCUUCGGCUUUAGUGUACAAUAUGAUAAGUAAUUGUGGGUGACUGCAGGUAAUGGAAGUAUUAAAAGUGAUCUUUAAUAAUACCUCAAAUCUCUCUUAUGAUUAGAAAACACAAACACAGGCCUGCAAAGUAGCUCGGAAGGUUUAUUAUUCAUCUCUCUUGGUUGUGAUCAGGUUAAAUCCAUUUUUGUUAUGAUGGAUUCCAACGGUGGCCAGGAUUUGGUUGGAAAUUAUUUUUAAACCAUCGUCAAAACCACCUCCCACCACAUAAUCCACUUCUCCAGUUUCCAUCUGAGUGCUGAGUCUGUUCCAAACACUAUUUAUUUCCACCAGUCCGCAGCAAAAUACUCUGCUUCUGUCUCAAUCCUCUCAUUCACUUUGAUACUGCAAAAGACAGAUUUUAAGCCGUCCAAUUUGUGUGUGUGUGUGUGUGUGUGUGUGUGUGUGUGUGUGAUUGAAUGUGUUUUAACUUGUAAACAACAUUUCACUCUUUAAAAAUCCAGUGUGUAGGAUUUGGGGAUAUACAUUGUCAGAAGUGGAAUAUAACAUAAUAAUUAUGUUUUCUUUAGCAUAUAAUCACCUGACGACAAGAAUCUUUGUGUUUUCUUUACCUUAGAAUGAGCUGUUUAUAUCUACACAGGGAGCGGCAUGUUGUUAAUACAAAAGCCUAGAAAAGACAAACGAACACUGGCUCAAGAUGGGACCAUUUGCGUUUUCAGGUAGAACACUAUAGUAAGCAGCCCCUCUGUGAUGAGCACAUAAACAGCAAGUGCUGAACUAGCAGCCCCCACCACCGACAUGCCAAACAGCAUUUGAGAAAAAACAAUUUUUAACAUGAAACUGCUUUAUUCAGUAUUUUUACCUUUUUUAAUCACCGUGUCCUUUUGUGUUGAACACGAACAUGAACAUUUUGUUCUUAAGUUUUCAGAGUAAAAAGGUGAGCACACACUAGUAGGUGCCGAGCUAGCAGCCCAAAAUGCUGACCAUCAUCGUAGAAGCACUGAUUUGUAACAUGAAACUGCGUUAUUGGGUGUUUUUAUCCGUUUUUGGUUUUUUUUUUUUGGAGAGGAGACCUCUGUGGAUAAGAAUAAUUAUAAUGAUAGUAAUAAUCGUUACAUAUAAAGCGCUUUUCAAAACAGAAUUACAAAGUGCUUUGCAUGUCAAUGAUUAAAACAGACAAGACAUGAAAACAACAACUAAAAGAACUGAUAUAAACACAAGUGUAUAAAAACUGAGGAAAUAAAAGACAUAAUAAAUGGACUUAAAACUCAAGUAAAAUCAGGAAAGGCUUUCCAAUAAAAGUAUGUUUCAAAAGGGACUUCAAAGAGAUUGCUGACUCGGCCAACCUGAUUUCCUCAGGCAGACUGUUCCAGAGCCUCGGGGCCCUGACAACCAGCACUCUGUACCUUUUAGUUUUCAAUCCAAGCCUGUGGAACAGACAAAAGACCUCUGCCCGAGGACCUCAAAGUACGUCCUGGUGUUUACGGCACUAAGAGGUCGGAGAUAUAGCUGGGAGAGUGUCCAUGAAGAAACCUAAAAGUGAUCAGUAAAAUCUUAAAAUCUAUUCUAAAUCAUACUGGGAGCCGACGUAAAGAGGGUACAACUGGAGUGAUGUGGUCACGUCUCUUUGUUCUGGUUCAAAGCCUCACAGCUGAGUUCUUUACAUUCUGAAGUCAAUUCAUACAUUUUUGAUUUAGGCAAGAAAAGUGGCUGUUGCAGUGAUCUAGGUGUGAAGAGAUGAAGGCGUGUAAAAUGCCCACCACUAGUUGACACUAGAGUCCUGUUUACACAACAAUGAUUUCAACUGAAAGCGGUAAACUUUAGUUGCGUUUUGGCUGAUGCACAUGUGCAUUAUGGUUCCAGUCACUAGGCAUAUGCGAGAAAGUCGAUCAUCACAACAACAAUGGCGGACUCACGAGCUCUGUUUGUACUGCUCACCCUUUUGAAUUUAUCAACGCUUCUCCAGCAAAGUGUGGAUGUACUGUAGCAACUCCACCUCGUCAUCCGUCCAGACAAACAUUUGUGCAGUUGCCGUUUUGUUUGUUUAUACGUCAGUGCUCUGUAGAAGGAAGUGCAUGUGUCCAGGCGCGUGUUGUGUGAUUGCAAAGUCACACCGCCAUCUACUGGUCUGGCAUGUAUACUACCGUGUUUUUGGACAUUUUUGCAGAUCCGUGUGCACGAUGAUUGUUAUCAAAACGCUGCCGUCUGAACACAGAACUUCUUUCAAAAAAGAAAAUGAGAAACGAUUCCAUUUUCAGCAGAUCGUUUUCGUGUAAACAUGUCCUAAAUCCCCCUAAAUCUUGCACGUUGUUCCUUUAACUUUUAUGAAAUCAGAUACCAGAAAAACAAAAAAGCGCUGUCUGGAUAACAUCAAGAGCAAGCUACAAUACUCUUAAAGUGUCCUUCAUGAAUGUGCAUUUAUUCUCUGAAAACUGUUUCAGGUUUAGACUUUGCCUUUAUGUAAGCAAUCAAGCUCUGCAUAAUGUAUUAACAUGAGUAAAAAGAUGGAGAUGGAGAAGGUGGAGGCAUCACACAAAACAGAGAAAAUGGUUUUCCUUCCUCCAUCCUUUGAGUGCAUUAUCACACUUAUAUAAUGGCCACAUCAAAGAAAGCAUUACAGGAACAUUGGAAUGUUUUUUAUCCAACAUAUGUAGAAGAACUGGUUAAAUCCUUCAUUAACAUUAAGUAACAUGCUCGAAAGCAUCACCACUGUUGCUAUGGUUACCUGCAGUCGAAUCUAGGCCAAACUAUCCGCAGAACCAAUUAAGAAGAUAGAAUACACUUUGUUGACUUGUUUAACGUGUUUGAGGAACACAACAGUUAACAUAAUUAUUUCAGUGCCAUGGACAAAACAUGAAACGACCUCAUAAGUUCUGCUUAUUAUAAAGUAUUCUUUAUCAUCCACGUGUACACGAGGGGAGAGUUAUCUGUAACAAGGCUGAACAGAGAUGAUUUCAACCACCAGUGCUCUCUUCAAGGUUCACUUAAGGUUGCUAUUGGGCCAAUCUUCCUAAAAAAAAAAAAAAAAAGUAGUCCUUUUUAGCCAUUGCACAUCAGUGGACUCCCUGCUGGGACUUCAUGAACCUGGGAGACCUCCUGAAUUCAGCUCUGAGUUAUGUUACAGUAUGUUUAUAGGAUGAAUAUAGUGAAUUAUUCUAGACUUUUUUUGUUCUGUUAAACUCUGACCUUGUACCAGUACACCUCUUAUAAGUAAUUAUCAGCUAUUUUAUUUACUGUGGACUAUGUAUCAGACUCCAUCCAUACACUCGUAUUAAUUAACUCUAUAUGCUACGACAUAGCAGCCCCAGGUGACGCCUGAUUGAGCCCAUUUUGAUGCUGUAUCUAGAUGUGGAUUACUUUACUGUCCUUUUGUUAAGCGGGGCUACUGAAGGGCUGUCACAGGAGCUAAAAUCCAAACAAUGUCCCUCCCCAGGUUUGUAACAUCUGGAUUUAAUUUGCAAAAAUGUCAUCAACACGUAUAGAAUUUACACCAUAAGUCUUCCAAAUAUUGUUUUAUCCAUAACUAAACUAGGAGAUCCUGUUUUGUAGUUGGUCAUAGGUUGCUAUUGCUGCACAGGAGACACCACGCAGAGGUGAGUAGGGGUGGAAAUAGGGGUGUCUCCUGAGCAAAGCAUGUAGGACAGGCACCAGUCAGCUGAGGUAAAAGCUAAAUUUUCCAUUGGAUAUUGUACAUGGCCUUUUCAGCUGGAGGGUUCAUACCCUUUGGAUUAUUGCUGCAAUGGUUUCGGAGAUUGAGUCAUUAAAUAUUAACAAUGUGG